GGUAGUUUGAAACCCUUACGCCCGGCGGCAGCUCCGACCGUUGCCCGCAGGUGAGAGGGGAGGCGGGGGGCGACCGGCAGCCAGCGGCCAGAGUGGGCCCGACGGCCUUAGAGGCCCUGUCUGUAGCAGGAAAAAAAAAGAGAUGUGUUCACGUACGAAGUUUUGAUUCCUUCUCCUGACUAGUCAGCCGUGUGCCUGCUCGGCCGUGCCCCCACGUUUCUGCGUGACGCCCCGCGGCUUGGCCUUACUUUGGCUGUAGCUGAGGCGGCCGCGGCGGUCAGUCAGCACUUCAGCUCUGCAGGCGCCGGAGGAGGCCGCGGAGUUGCUGCUGGGAGGGGCUUGGGCACGCGGGCUUGAGUGGCGCUGCUUCACGCGUGAUGUCAUCAGAAGAGGAGAAAAGCACAAGUCCAGUUUUGCCAAAAGACUCAGUUCGGGGCAGUUCUGUUUCUUCAGAUAUUCAGAAAGCUGUAGGUGUUCUCUGGAAGUGGCAGAAUACAUCAGUGUGUGUGACUGGGAUAUUACAAGAUACUGUUUAUAAGUUUGAUGUUAAAACACUUAAAUGGACUGAACUUGUGGCAGCAAUAAAACACAGCUUCAGUUGGACUUUAUCAACUUUUGUCAACAUUUUGUGACAGGAUGAGUAUGAAGAACUGCUUCGUUAUGUUAUAGUGACUCCAAAGUUUGAACUGUGCGUCCCAAAGCAGUCAGAACCUUCCUCAGAACUGAGAGGCAGGGGCAGAUUUUCAAGUGUAACAGAUGACACCAUUUACAAUAAAACCCCAGGUUUAUUGUCAGUGAAGGAGUGUACUGAGGUCAGGAUGGAGCAACUUUGCCCUGUUUCAGAAGAGACUUCCUCACAAGAGUCCACACACGUUGCAAGAGAAAUUGAUGAAGCCAUAGUAACUGAAUUAACUGUGCCUGAUGAAAAAGUUUCUCAAAUAGAAAAUAUACUUGAUCUCUGGAGUGGAAGUCUUAAGACAAAUGUUUUGAGUGAAUUAAGAAAAUGGAAAUUAAGUUUUAUCGAACAUCACAAGCAUCAAAUGAGACAGGAAAAAGAGAAACAUGCUGAACAUGUGAAACAAUUGAACAAUGAGAUGGAAAACCUGAAAGAGUUGCUACGUACUUAUGAGAUCUCUAUUGGCAGAAAAGAUGAGGUUAUUACUAACAUGACAGAAGCAUUAGAGAGGAAGAAAGAGAAAAUAGAGUUAAUGAGAAAGUUUACACUGUGGCGGAUUCAGCAAAUUAAAGCUAAACAAGAGGAGUAUGCAAACAGAAUUGCAGAUAAACAGUUCCAGACAGCUUUGAAGAAGAAAGUAUGGACAGCGUGGCGCUCUCUUAGUGAAGAAAGAUGGAAAGAAAAAGUAGCUAAAGCCUGUCAGUUAAGGGCAGAAGAUGUCUGUGUUCAGCUUACCAAUGAUUAUGAAGCCAAAAUUGCAGAGCUAACUGCUACUUUGGAACAAACAAAAGCUGAGAUUCUGCGUCUGCACAGUGAAAAAGAGCAGUAUGAAGACACUAUGAAGAAAGCAUUUAUGCGUGGUGUUUGUGCUUUGAAUCUGGAAGCAAUGACCAUGUUUCAAGGCAAGGACAAUAGGAUGGAUCCCGAUGCAGGAAGUAGGAGAGAAGAUAAUGGUGCCAUUAUAGCAGGAAGGCUACCUCCUUCACAGUACAGUCCCCCUUCACCACCCCCUGCGCCAGCGACUACUCUUCAGAUGGAAGACUUGUUUUCUACCCACCUGGGUCAUGCAAGCACUUCUCAGACCAGGCUAGAUUCUGAUUCUCCAGUAAUCAUCCCUGGCACAGCUUCAGGAUCUGGACUGGCAUCAACUCAAAAAUUGCCCAUGGCAAAAGUAAUAACAUCUGCUCAACAGAAAGCAGGGAGAACAAUCACUGCUCGAAUCACAGGCAGAUCUGACAUGGGACAAAAACACAGAAUUUGUGGUAGUGUAGCAGUGAUGGGAGUUGCUCCACCCAUGAGUUCGGUCAUUGUUGAAAAACAUCAUCCGAUUACUCAGCAAACCAUAUCCCAAGCCACAGCUGCUAAAUAUCCUCGAACUGUGUUCCUUGCUUCGGGUUCUACAACUGUGAGACCUGCAGGACAAGUUGGGCGAAUGCUUCAGAGCCAAACUCAUACCAGUGUUCAGUCAAUAAAAGUUGUUGACUGAGUAAAUAUCUUUCACUGGUGGAGGUUUUUAUCAAGAGAUGUAAUUUAAACCUCUUCCCAGUCUGUUCAAAGCUUGACAUAGUGAGACCUAAAGUGUGUAUCAUGCUUUUAGCCCUUUUAACAAAAAAAGUGUUUGCAGAAAGGGUCUGGAGGGGAAAAUGACCUUGAAAUGUUAUUCUACCUCCUAUUUGAAAACUUAAUUAUUAAGAUAAACACUUUAUUUAAAUAAAGAACCUUUUGCAUAUUUUCAAAUAAAGGAUAAAAUAUGA